AUGCUAGAGGGUAUUAGGUUGUACAUGAUGGACCGUAUUGUCAUUAAGUACAACAUAUUAAUUGACACACCUAACAUGUUGUGUCCUAGAAUUAGGAAGAGGGUAGAGAAAGAGAAGGAAGUGGCUAGGUUGUGUGUUGCUAGGCAGACCUUAGAUGCCAAAUGUGAGGUGAAGAUGGGUGAUUUAGGCUGCAUUGUUGACCUAAAUGACAAGAGUUGUACCUAUGGUUACAGGCAAUUGAGUGGCCUGCCUUGCUGCCAUGCUGUCUCUACAAUUUCUCACUUGAUGAAGGAAGUGGAUGAUUAUGUGCAUCCUUGCUACCAUGCUCACCAUGUUGUUGGAGCAUACAGGGUGGACAUCCCUUGUUUAGACGGCAUAUACGCUUGGCCAGAGGUUACUGGUCUUCCAAUACACCCUCCCAAGCAAAGAGUCAUGCUGAGGAGGCCUAAGAAGAAGAGACUAAGGGGCUCACAAGGUGGAAAAGCGACCACAAAGGAAUGGGGUUGUGCCCCCACUAUUGAGGCUGUAAACAACACUGCAAUCCCUAAUACAAGGAAGAAGAGAGUUCUACAUUGUUCUAAAUGUGGUUCCCAGACACAUAAUGCGAGGACUUGCCCCCUCAACCAAGGUGCCGGUAUACAAGAUGUUAUAUUGAAUGUUGGUGACCGGAGGACGAUUGAGCGUGAGAUGCGAGUUGCAACAACAAGGGUAGGAUUGUAUGUUAGUGAGGCAACUGGGAAUCAGUACGUGAGGCUAGCUGGAGCACAUGGGCAUCCUGUGUGUGGUACGCAACCCACUAAGAUGGACAUCCAAGGAAGCCAUCCACCUCCGACGAUGCAACCUUAG